UCAAUGCUCUGAGUAACCAACUGCGAGGUACACAGGUAAAGUUGAAGGAAAGUGAACGUCAGUGUGAACUUCUGAAGUCCACGAUACGCGUAGAGGACCGAUCAAGGUCAAAUUCCAUUGCGACCUCUGUGSAGCCCCUUAUAGAUACCGCUAUACAACCGAUAGCAGUCUCAACGCAGACAACAACGAACCCGCAGAAUAGUUCGAACACUUCUGUGGAGUUUACGUCAAUGCGUACAGCCGCCACGCAUACGUAUAUUCAGUGCCCAUAUGAAGGUACUACAUCGCCGAUCUUCACAGCCACCGCUUCUUCGAUAGGUGCUAUGCCUUCAACUUCACUACAGUCGCAGCCAUUUGUUAACGUUACGCCAGACAGUUCAUAUCUGCUCACGCUACCGAGAAAAAUUCAAGAUUUGCCAGAUUUCGACGGGCGCGCAGAGGACUGGCCUAUGUUCGCCGCCGCCUUUGCACAGUCAACUGCAUCAUACAAUUACUCGGACUUUGAAAACAAUCAACGUCUUCAGAGAUGCCUAAAGGGUGAGGCUAGAGAAACAGUGCACUCACUCCUAAUCCAUCCAGAUAACGUUCCUGCCGUUAUGGACACUCUUCGAUUUCGAUUCGGCCGUCCAGAAUUACCUAUCAAAUGUCAGCUGCGCCUAGUACGGGAGAUGCCAUACAUAUCAGAAUCCGCCAUCGACAAAAUKAUUCCUUUCUCCGUCAAAGUAAGAAACCUAGCAGUGUUCCUACAAUCAGUAAAUGGUCAGCAGCACUUGUGUAACUGAACGUUAUUGGAGGACCUUGUGGGAAAGCUACCCAUUAGCAAAAAACUCGAGUGGGCAAAAACCUCAUCGAUGAUACAGCCAUAUCCCACAAUUAAAGAUUUCAGUACCUGGCUUAGUGGAGUGGCCGAUCUAAUAUGUACAGUACAAGAUAGUGGGCGGACUCAUUCGAGCGAACCAAAGCGCCGCGUUCUUCUUCAAACCGCAAACCACGCCAGAGAAAUCCUAUGUCCACUGUGCCAUGUUGGACACCACGUC